GCCACCCUGUUUCUUCCCUACUUCUAAUGAGCUCAGCCCAUCUCGCCAGCCAGCGCAGUACUACUUGAACAGUGAACCGGUGAAGUUGAACGGGCUUAACUGCCAAGUGCGCCAUCAUGCUACAACUAACCUACAGCUUUUUACUGUUACUGACAGUCGUUACGUUCGGAAAGACCAUGGCAUGCAAUGAAACGUGUUCAUUUACAGUUGACUACGAGAAUGAUAGGUUCCUACUGGAUGGAAAACCGUUUCGCUUUGUGUCCGGUUCGUUCCACUAUUUUCGCGCCCUGCCCGGUUCCUGGCGACAUAUUUUGCGCUCGAUGCGAGCAGCCGGAUUAAAUGCGGUUAUGACUUAUAUCGAGUGGUCAACGCAUGAACCCAGGGAAGGUGAAUACAACUGGGAUGGGAUUGCCAAUCUGGAGCAGUUUAUUCGUAUAGCGGAGGAAGAAAACCUGUUUGUCAUACUGCGACCGGGUCCUUACAUUUGCGCCGAACGGGACAUGGGUGGAUUUCCAUACUGGCUACUGACGAAGUAUCCGAAUAUAAAGCUGCGCACAGCCGAUGCCGACUACCUGCGGGAGGUUGAAAAAUGGUAUGGCGUAUUGAUGCCCCGAAUACAGAAACACCUUCGUGGGCAGGGCGGCCCAGUGAUAAUGGUUUCAAUCGAGAACGAAUAUGGAUCGUUUUCGGCCUGUGACCGUCGAUAUUUGGCUUAUCUUAAGAAUCUAACCGAGAGAUAUGUACAAAAUGAUGCGGUACUUUUCACAAAUGAUGGACCAGCACAGUUACAUUGUGGAAGGAUUCCUGGUGUUCUAGCAACUUUAGAUUUCGGUUCAACUGAGAAUCCCGAGCACUACUGGCAAAUGUUGCGCAAAUAUCAGCCCAAAGGACCACUCGUGAAUGCAGAAUUCUAUCCCGGCUGGUUAACUCAUUGGAUGGAACCGAUGGCCCGUGUUCCGGUGGGCCCGGUAGCUAACACUCUGCGUGCUAUGCUGUCCAGCGGGGCCAACGUGAACUUCUACAUGUUUUUCGGUGGAACGAAUUUCGCCUUUACCGCUGGGGCCAACGAUGGUGGCCCGGGAAAGUUUCAGGCUGAUAUCACGUCCUACGAUUAUGAUGCCCCGCUUGAUGAAGCUGGCGAUCCAACAACUAAAUAUUACGCACUGAAGAGUGUUAUUCAAGAGUUCCUACCCGAUCCAGACGUCCCUGUGCCGGCAAAGCUUCCAAAAAUGACACUUCCGCCAGUCAAAUUGAACCGGUACGGUUCGUUAAUGUCCAGUGAAGCACGACAGGCUCUGGGACAAUAUACGAGGUCCAGUGAAAAAACGUUAAGUUUUGAAGCUUUGAAUCAGCAUUCUGGACUUGUGUUGUAUGAAUCAACCAUUCCCAGUGGUACAAAUCGUGACCCACUGCUUCUCCAAAUUAAAAAUCUUCGUGAUCGUGCCUACGUACAUGUUGACAAUAAAUUCGUCGGAGUGCUCUCACGAGAAAACGCAAUCGAUUCGCUGCCUAUCACUUUAGAAUUAGGUAAACGACUUCAACUUCUGGUAGAAAAUCAGGGCCGGAUCAACUAUAAUGUUGCGAACGACUUUAAGGGCAUUCUAGGCUCAGUUACGAUCGAUGGUAACGAAAUAUUAAACUGGACUAUGACGGGGUUUCCGCUAGAUAAUUAUUCCUUGCUGCAAAGUUACAUUGAUCGAUACAGUGGGUAUGAUGGCGAAACAAGCAGAAACGCCGCAGCACGAAUAUUUCAAGCAAAAUUUACCAUUCAAUCCCGGCCAAUAUACGAUACGUAUAUAUAUCCAAGUGACUGGGGCAAGGGAAUAAUAUUCAUCAAUGGAUUCAACCUGGGCCGAUAUUGGCCACGGGCUGGUCCACAGGUCACCCUAUACGUGCCAAGACACAUUCUGCGGGAAGGAAGCAACACGAUACUAAUAAUCGAGUAUCAGAAGGACGUUCAAGGAGAUGCUGUCAUCACAUUUAGCGACGAACCCAAGCUAGAUGGUCUUCUGUAAAAUUUAACAAUCUACCAAGGUCAUUUUAACGAAAAUAAAAUUUAUAUUCAAUCUUAU